AUGAAGAUUCAUAACAUAGUGCUGAGAGAAAUAUUGCUAUUUCUUGAGUUUCAAGAUAUCAAACAGAGCAAGCUGCACUUAGUCAAUAAGCAAUUCUACCACAAUAUUAUCGAAAACCCAGAACUCAUCAGAAGAAUGAUCCCUCAUCUUUUGACUCUAACAAUGGACUAUACCUCUGAACUAUCUUACCAAACCUCCAUUCUCCAAAAGAGCACCUCCACUCCCUCUGCCCCAACCAGCCCACUCAAAUUCUUAAAAUUCUACGAAGGCACUUGCCUUCCUUCAGAAUCUGAGAAUUUUAGCAGCCAGGGUUUCUCAGUAGGAAGAGUGAUAGAGAUCAUGACUGGGCAGGUUGCUGAUGUGAAGGAAGGGAAGGGGGAACUUCUUUGUUGUGUGUGCAAGAGAACAACAGGAGGGCAAGAUGAGGGGAUUAGGAAUGUUAAGUGUAUUUUUGAAAAUGAGAAAUAUUGAUUUAAGGAGGCUUAUAAUUCAGGAGAGCAACUAUAUUUCCCAAAUGGAAUUUGCUGUGCUACUGCUAUACCUUUAUAUGAAGACAAUAAAGCGUCUGGUUCAGAUAAAGAUGGACAUGAUGAUAUUAAAGAAGACUUUGAUGAUGAUGAAGAAAACAGAAGACUUGAAGAUUAUAAAUAUGAAAAAUUUAAUCUGAACCACAUCUACGAUAACUACACCUUCGUUGGGCAUCCAAAGACUCUCGCCCAGAAUCCACAUUUUUAUGAUAACUGAGAGGAUUCUAAAAUAAUAGAGAUAGAUACAUCUUAUUAUGACGAUUUGAUCAUUCAGAACUUGUUCUGCAUCAAUGAAGUUAAGAUCUCCUCUUUUUUUGAUAGCUCGUGCCCUGUUAAAGCCAUAGCCUUCUUAGUGCAUGAUAUCCCAAUCAAUUGUGAAGACCAUCCGCUUUCUUUGCUCAUCCAAAAGGUUUAUGAUUUAUCUGGUUGGAAGAAUCAAGAUGUAAAAGUGAGGGAAAAUUUAUCCGAAUCCGAAGAAGAUUUAAAUGUAUAUCAUUCUGAAGAAGAAGGGGAAGAAAAAGAUCAGGAUUCUGAAUUCAGAGACUUUAUUCAACUUUUUGAUAAUAUAUCAAAAGCUAGACUUAUUCCAAAACUAUCGAACAAAAGCAAAAAAUGGAUAGAAUUUGACCAAAAGUUUUAUUCUAAAAAAUUUGAUCCUAAACAUAUCAAUGAAGAACAGAAGUUCAACUUAGAAGAACUCGGGAUUGAUCAUAAAGAUAUUGAAAAGAUCACUGAGCUUUAUGAUGAAAUGAAGGAUCAAAUGGACUAUUACAGACUUAGACUUGCAGCCAUAGCAUAUGAUUUAGACGUAUCUCUGAUUAAUAUGCUUAUGACAAAAGAUGAGGAGUAUAUUUUUAAGUUCAAUCAAAUGAUUACAGGAAGAUUUGCAACCAUCAUCGCGCUAGAUGCAGCCGUCAAUUCUAAGCCAGACCCAAAUAUUGACAUUGGCAAUAUCGGUUUUUACGGCAAGGUGAUUCCAAGUGUUUUGAAGGUUGAAAAGUAGA